AUGUCACCUGUACAAGAUCAAAUAAAAGUGAAAACGAAUCGGAGAAACCAAGACAACAUAGACGACAUCGCGUUCGACGAUGAAACGUUUAAAUUUGUACAAAACCAAGAUUCCGGUGAAGGCACACCUAGCAAAAUAGGAAAGUCCUAUUCAAAAAACGAUGUCCCCACAGUCGACCUGAAGCAGCAACUGGAGAAUACGUUGCAGAAUGCCAGGAUACUCUCAGAGUCAAUUAAAUUGCAAAUUAAUGAAAUAUCGACACGAGAAUCACUAUUAAAAGAUUCCAUUGCAAAUGGCAGGUCUGGCGUAUCAGCUGUAACUGUGACUUCUAUGGGUCGCCCACCUCGAUUCUACAUGGUCCGAGAUGGUUUCUGGAGUCUAUGCAACGGGUUGCUCCAGUUACCCUCGCAGACGCAAACCGCCAACCUGUUUAGCGAGCUCUUCUCCAUGCCACGCUGCAUUGGACACGAGAUGUCAACUCAACAAGAUCAAUGCACAUUCAACUCGUUGAUUAAAUACGAAACAGUACCGACUAUCAGGCGCCUCGAGUAUUCGGAGGACGACUUCCUUUGCCUUAAGAAUACAUUCAACACAACAUUAGAACGCUACAUGAGCGUUCCACGUCGAAUCAUAAAUGACACGUGUCAAGACGGUAUCAUAAGAAGUUUAGAAGACAAUGUGGCCAAGUGCGGGCUUCGAGUCAUGACAGAAUACACCUACUAUCCAUCACGAGGCUAUGCAGCGUCCACAUCACUUCCCUUGGAGUACUGCAACGAGCCGGAUGGCGCUUGCAAAUUGGUUAUAGCUUGGCAUGUUUCCAAUGCCACGGUAGAAAAUUUCGAGUUCCUCGAAAACGAACAAGGCUUUAAGAAGUUUUUCAUCAAAGCUGACAGCUAUAUUGAACAUGUUAUAUAAAAUAUAAUUUUUAGAAAUUUAUUGAUUUGAAAUAAUUUA